CCUCUUCACUUUGAUUUGGACUAUCUGGAGGAAAUGAUGCUUCUGUGGGAAAUAAAAGCAGACACUAACUGAUGAGAUCUCACUUUCUCACUAACAUUUUGAAAAUCAGCAGGGGUCUUACAUAGACUCAAUGAACCCUUCUCUAUAGGCCCAGGACAAAGAAUCAUCCUUCUCCAUUCCUCUCGAGUUAGCCCAGGAACAGACAAUGAGGCUUCUACUGCUCUGGGGCUGGAUCGUCAUUCCAGGUUAUGAAGCUUUGGUGGGUCCAAAGGAAGUCAGUGGGCCAGAGGGAAGCUCUCUGUCUGUGCAAUGCUCCUAUGAGGAUAAGCAUGAAGACAAGAAAAAAUAUUGGUGCAGAGACAAGGGAAUAAUUUUUAGCCUCUGUGACACUUUCAUCAUCACAGAGGCAGGAAAAGAAGAGACAGAUGGCAAGGUGUCCAUCAAGGACAAUCCUGAAAAUCGAACAUUCACUGUGAUCAUGAGGGAAGUCACCCUGAAGGAUGCUGGGAAAUAUCAGUGUGGGAUUUCCCUAAUUGGAUUUGAUGAGAUUUUUGCAGUCACUGUGGUUGUUUCUUCAGGGCUUGGGAGUUCUGUCUCCCCAAACUCCUCCCUUCAGCCUCUCUCUACAAGGAGUGUCCAGCAAGGGGCAAAAGUUUGGGAAACUCAGUCUCCAGAGUUGAGGCUUGGGAGUUCUGUCUCCCCAAACCCCUCCCUUCAGCCUCUCUCUACAAGGAGUGUCCGGCAAGUGGCAAAAGUUUGGGAAACUCAGUCUCCAGAGUUGAAGCUUGGUAGCUCUGUCUCCUCACAUCUUGCCCUUCAGCCUCUCUCUACAAGGAGUGUCCAGCAGGGGGCAAAAGUUCACCCAAGAGUGAACACCAGGGCAGAAAUCCGUCAAAGGGGCCAAGAGACCCUCCAGACAAGAACCCAACAAGAUACGGCCCAAGCAGUCACUUCCCACCAUAGCUCCAGCGAUAUGAACCCAAGGUCCAGGCCUUUCAUCCCAUUGAUCGAAUUCUGGCUCCGUGCAUCAUCCUCCUGUUGCUAUUGGUGGUGACUAUAGCAACCAUCCUGAUCCUGUCAGCAAGGAGAAAAAAAGCUCAAACUGAAGAGGAAA